CACCCUCUCCACCUCCGGGGCAGCUCAGCUCACCCCUGCCCCCCUCUCCAGCAAACUCGUCCGACCACCCUCCACCCCGGACACAACCCUCAACGGGAAAGCCCAGCCCGGGUCUCCCCAGUUUCACCGGUCACCGAGGACUUCAGCCCCGCCGGCCGCCCCAGUUCACGCUCAUUCAUAUUCAUUCUCUUUCUCUUUCUCUGUCCCUCUUCUCUCUCCCCUAAGACUACUAACGAGACAGGCCGAUCCUCCACUGGGAACUCCCUUUCAUUCACCCCCUCCCACCACACACACACACACACACACACACACACACACACACACACCCCAACCCAAACAGCCCACUCCACUUUCCAGACGCCCACCUCCUUCAUACUCCCCUCCCCUAAACAGACAGUCACCCACUCGCCAUCUGUAGCCUCCUUCCGUCCCCCGCCCCGGCCCCCCGCCCGCCCGCGGGCUCCCCUCCCCAAGCAGCAGACCUGCACCGCGGGAGGCAGGGACCCCCGCCAGACGCUCGGGUCGUGCGCGCCGCACUGACCUCGGCCCGCCCCGCCGGGAAACUAACAAAGGCGGGCGCGAGCCCGCAGCCCGAGAGCGGCGAGGGGCGCCCGCGGGGCCGGCGAGCCUGGGCCCGGCUGGCUAACACCGGGCGGGGGCUGCUCGAAGUCAGGAGGCAGCGGCGCCUGAGGACGCGGAUUCCUAGUCGCCCGCGCCGCGCGGACGCCGCCAGCACCAUGGGCUGCUGCACCGGGCGCUGCUCGCUCAUCUGCCUCUGCGCGCUGCAGCUGCUCUCAGCAUUAGAGAGGCAGAUCUUUGACUUCCUUGGUUUCCAAUGGGCACCUAUUCUUGGAAAUUUUCUACAUAUAAUAGUUGUCAUAUUGGGUUUGUUUGGAACCAUUCAGUACAGACCUCGCUACAUCAUGGUGUAUACAGUAUGGACAGCCCUCUGGGUCACCUGGAAUGUGUUCAUUAUCUGCUUUUAUUUGGAAGUAGGUGGGCUCUCUAAGGAUACAGACCUAAUGACAUUCAACAUCUCUGUGCAUCGGUCAUGGUGGAGAGAACAUGGGCCGGGCUGUGUGCGGAGAGUGCUGCCACCCUCAGCCCACGGCAUGAUGGACGAUUACACGUAUGUUUCCGUCACGGGCUGCUUCGUCGAUUUCCAGUACCUGGAGGUCAUCCACAGCGCCAUCCAAAUACUACUCUCCUUGGUUGGUUUUGUGUAUGCCUGUUAUGUGAUCAGUAUUUCCAUGGAAGAAGAAGACACUUUUGAUUUCAUAGGUGGACUUGAUACACACUCCUACUACCAGGAUCAUGUUGAGUUAAAGCCUGUUAAACCUGUCGAAAUAAGUAAUGACAUCGACUCCGAAAUUCGGCUGCUGAACUUGACUUAGGGAGCAAAGCACCACUGACAGCGCCUCCGUGGAUCCGACAUGCCUCUUGUUCCUUCCAGAGGUCCGGCUGUGCCUCCCUGCUUUCCCACGGACCAUGGAGUUCUUUGGUCACAGCCUGUGUAAUUAUUAGCAUUGUUCACUAGAUGAGUUCUAGGUGCUUGGGUGGAUUUUUUUUUUAGUCAUUUUCUUCUUAUAUAAACACUUGUAAAAAAGAAUGGUUUUUAGUUUUCUAACAAUAUUUAAUGUGAGGCAUGCAAAAAUGAAGAAAAAAAUUCUGUGAAAACCUUCUAGGGUCAAUUCUAUGAAAUAUCAGUAUGUGUGGUUGAGAUGUUAAGUCAGUACUGCUGACUGCUGAAGGUGGUCUAGGCCUGAUGCAUUUGCCUUGGCAGACAUCAUCUGUGGCUGUCGGACACAAAGGCAGACUCUGUGACAACUGAUAAAUGAGUACAAAUAAUGGAUCCAACUUUCAGACUGAGUAUGGAUCAUUUUUCAACACCGCAAGAUAAAACAUAGAGUCCUUCUUUGCUUUUGACUUCUCAAAACCCAGGACAAUGUUAUGGCAAUCUAAAUUUUUAGAUUUGUGCAUGAUAUCUCAUUCUUCUUGUAUUCUGAAAUAUAUAUAUGUGUGUGUGUAUAUAUAUACACACACAUAUAUAUAUAAUGGGUACAUGGAAGAGUCAAACGAUUAGUAGAACCCUUUUCCCCUUAGGAGGGAAUGUGGGUGUCUCCGAGGUCCAUAUUUUCUACUCUUCAUCCCACUCCUGACACUGGUGUCAGAUCUAUACAUACAGUUCCCAUGAGCUCAUAGGAUAGAAAUCACAACCACAGGUCUACAAUCAGGAAUUUGCUCUUAGGAUAUCCAAAAGGAGUGUGAAAAUAUGAUGGGAUUCUCUAUAAAUACUUCUAAAGAAGAUAUUCAUGUUUGAACAACACCAACUUUUUUUUCUCCUACCCCAUCUCAAUAACCAAGAAAAUACAAUUUUCUGUGGAAAAAAGGACUGUCUUGAAAACACAUCACAGUUGUUUUUUUUUUUUUUCAAUUGGAAUAAAAUUUACAUACGGUGAAAUGCACGAAUCUUAAAGGCACAAUAUGAUUAGUUUUGAAAAAUGUACACACCCAUGUAAGCAAGGCCUCAAUCAAAAUGCACAUUUCCAUUACUUUAGAAAAUUCCCUCAUGCCCCCUUUCAAUCAGUUCCCACAUUCUCACAGACAACCACUGUGCUAAGCUUUAUCAGCACGAUUAAUUUUGUCUGUUCUCAAUAUAAAGCAUGUACUCUUUUUACAUCAUCUUUUCCAUAAUUGUCAAUCGCUGUUUUCUACAUGAAAAUAAGUUUUGCUUACUUUGUUUAGCAGCCAAAGUGCACCAUUUAGGACAGAGGAUGUUAAUUUGGUCUAUGAAUCUCUAAGAAGUCAGUCUAGACACCACCUAAAAUUGUUAUAAAUUUUUGUAUGUGUGUAAAUGUCCUUCCCCCAGCCCCUACUUCUUCUUUUGAAGCCCAUAGAUUUCAUGUUUAAAAAUCAGAACUUGCUGCAACAAAAUUUGCCCUGGUUCCUCCAAGUUCAUGAUAAGCCCAGUGGGCUUUCUGGAGGCCUAUUUUACGUGCUAGCCUGUGGGUCCGCUCAUACUCACUAACCUCCAUCCCUUUUCAUCCUACUGAAUAAACCCAAUUUCAAAUGAAGAAAAAAUAGCAGGGCCCUUGGAAAUGGUGGAAUCCAGGCCACUGCUCUGCAGCUGAGGGACCUGAAGCCUGGAGGAUUUAGUGACCUUGUCCAGGGCCCUGCAUCUGUACAGAGGGGCAAGAGCCACGGCCAGAGGACAGAGAACAGGGAGGGCAAAAGUUGGGGUUUGGGCCCCAACCCACCACCGUGGCCUUGUGUUUCACAUCUCAGCACUGAAGCUUUCCUCAUCUAUGAAGUGCAACUAUGAUCCCUAACUCCCAAGGAUGAGGUGAGGAUUAGAUGAAAAAUUAAAAAAAAAAAAAACAAACUCUGGAAACUG